AGUAGACAGUCGAUCUGUCAGCUGGUUUCGCUCAUUCGCGUAUUACAAGAGCUUCCUGAUGGUAAGCCCGUAACGAGCGAUCAGAUAGAUUCCCGGUGUCGAUCUCCCGGUAUAUCUUCGAAGAGAUCCUCGAACUGAUCAGAUCGAUCGGAGAUAAUACCGGCGGCUCGGCCGCAUGUGCGCGAGUGUGCAGCAUCUCCACCGGAAACACCAACGGUGCGAGGGACCAAGUCAUCCGUAGAAACGGCAACGAGGGAGGAAGAAGAGGGUAGCGACUCAGGAAGGAGAGGUGCGCGCGCGCGGUCAGACAGGAAAUGACUAUAUCGUACGCGAGCGAAGUGCCGAACGGCUCCAGCUUUGGCUGCUUCUGGAGGAUUCUGAUCAAAUGGCGUGGCUCCGUUUACAAGUUAAUUUGGCGGGAACUACUGGCGUAUCUGUUCUUUUACUACCUCAUCAAUUUUACAUAUCGAUACGUGCUCAAUGACCAGCAGCGGGUAAUUUUCGAAAAGAUCCGUUAUUAUUUCGGCAAUUCCAGCGAAUCCAUACCCAUGUCAUUCGUUUUGGGAUUCUAUGUGAGCCUUGUUGUGAAAAGGUGGUGGGAGCAAUACAAGCUCUUGCCCUGGCCAGACAAUCUGGCCCUCUUCAUCAGCGCCGCCAUUCCUGGAAAUGAUGAACGGGGGCGGUUGAUGAGACGUAACAUCGUGAGGUAUGCUGUGCUCGCGUACGUCAUUACGCUGCAAAGAAUUUCGCUUCGGGUUAAGAGGCGUUUCCCGACGCUUCAGCACAUGGUGGAUGUAGGUCUGAUGAUGGAAUCGGAGAAGAAAAUCUUCGAGAUGAUGAAUAAGAAGGCGGCCAUGUCCAAGUAUUGGAUGCCGCUCGUCUGGGCGACUAACAUUAUUAACAGGGCGAGGAAGGAGGCCCUAAUUACUAGCGAUCAAGUAGUGCAAACUCUUCUUGUCGAGCUCAGCGAUAUCCGGAAGAGGCUUGGCGCACUGAUUGGCUACGAUACUGUUUGCGUUCCUCUAGUCUACACUCAGGUGGUAACACUAUCACUAUACGCCUAUUUUUUCUCAGCUUUACUCGGUAGACAAUUUGUCGCGCAAAGCGCCGGGAAGUAUGAGGAGCCGGACAUGUAUUUUCCAUUUUUUACAACGUUGCAGUUUUGUUUUUAUGUCGGAUGGCUGAAAGUCGCCGAGGUGUUAAUUAAUCCCUUCGGCGAAGAUGACGACGAUAUCGAGCUGAACUGGCUGAUAGAUAGGCAUAUUAAGGCGGGUUACAUGAUCGUUGAUGAGAUGCACGAGGAACAUCCGGAACUUCUGAAAGAUCAAUACUGGGACGAAGUCGUACCCAAAGACUUGCCGUACACGGUCGCCAGCGAGCAAUAUCGAAAAGAGGAACCCAAAGGCUCCGCGGAGCAUUAUAAAGUAAAAGAUAGCGAUGCUCUUUAUGCAAAUGUUAUGCUAGGUACACAGAUUCAUAGUCACGUUCAUCAUCGUAAGGCUCAUCAAGAUGAUAUGUACGCCGAUUACGAAAGUGUGGACACCCCGUUGGUAGAACGAAAGAAGAACGGAUGGUUCCAACGACAGAUCACGCGAAUGGGUUCGGUACGCAGUUCCUCGACCACGUAUAGCAGUGGCGGUGGUUUCUUUGCACGAAACAGACAUAAUAGCGUAUACAGCAGUCCUGAAACUGGUGGUCUCCCACAAACGAACAAUCCUAAUCUCAAAAUGUCUUUCUAUGAUCGUCUCGUGGGGCGCAAGAGCAUUCGCAGUCAACGCAUGGGUCGUCAAAGCACUAUGACGAAGCUGAAUUCAGUGCCAGUAUCCUUGAAGAACAGGCCGCGUAUACCGACUCCAGAUGUGACGAAGGAGGUGGUCGACCGUGAACAAAGGUUGGCACUGUCGGCCACCAAUGCGGCGAACAUCGGCGCCGGCGUGGUGGGUGUGAUACCAGCGAACGGUCAUUAUCCGACAGACCUGUCGGUGGUGGUGCUGUCGCCGAUACAGGAAACGGAGAGCACACCAUCCUCGGGGAAAUCUGGCGCGGCGGCCUUGGCACAGGCCGUACUCUCGCCGACGUUGACUAGCGCCGGUUUGAUGACACCGGUGACUUUAACGCCAGUUACCAUGAGCCACCUGACGCAGUUAGGUCUGAUGACGACGGCGACGGCGACGAUGUCGCAUCUCAAUGAGGGUAACAGCAUCCAGGCGACGUUGACGGAAGUCAACAGCAGCGAGGAAGAGGGUAGCGGAAGUGGCAGUAGUAGGAGCGGAAGCAUCACCGGUCAGGAGGACCGCUCGACACCAUUGAUUGAUAACAAUAACAGCCCGAUGGGCAGCAAUGGUAGUUCGCCCACUUUCGACAGUUACAACGAUCGCUCGCCGAUCCUGAUGAAUCCUGAGAAAUUAGGCUACGUUGUCACCGCCGCUCUACCCGGUGGGCAAAAUAUCGCGGUGGCGGAUGCGCGAGGUAGACGAUCGGCGUCGUUGCCUGGUCCGCCACCGGUCGUUCAAUUAGGUCGCGAUGACAGAAGUAUGUCGUUACCGCAAUCGCCGGGAUUGCAAUCAAGAGAAAUUCGUACAACUUCGAUGGCGAAUGGUCUCACCAUCGUGGACAAACUGAUGUCCGGCAAUCAGGGCAUUCGACCGAGGACUAACAGUUUCGGUCACGAUCUCUCCAGGUCUAAUCAACGGGUCCAGGACACAUCGAGAAAGAUCAGUAGUGUCUCGUGUACUAAUGCGUCGCUUUCGAGCGGUUUAGGAUCAACGUCUUCCACGUUGUCCACGAACGUGUCGCCUGUAGCAACUGUCGCCGGCAGCAAAAGAGGCGAAGUUUAUGUUUGAUAGAGGAAAUCAACACACACGGACUUUAAUUCAUUUUAUUAAUUAGAAAAUAAUUUAAUUAAUUAGAAAUUUAUUGGCAAUUCCUGAGAUUUGUGUCCGUAUAUUAUUGUGAUGUAUAUUGUAUGUGCAUCGCAUACGGAAGCAUCUGUACGGAAAAAGAUUUUUUUUGAUUGUCUAGUAACGAGAAUGCUUAGAUCAAUUUUUGCUUAAAGUAUAUCUCGUAUUUUUGUUUAUAAAAUACAGUCAAUAUUAAUCUGUACAAUCUUAUGAUUUUAUGAUUAUAGAACUCUUGUUUAUUUUCUUUUAAUUUAUAAUUUGUCUUUACAUUUGUCUUUGUAGAGAUAACUCUUAACAAAUGAGAGAGAUAACAUUUUGACAAAUACAAAGAAUAGCUCACGCCAUUCUAUCUUUUAUAGUUUUGCAUCCUACUUA